AUGCACUUCCAGCGAAAGUCUGGGGAAAAAGCAAAUGAGGAGAAACAUGAAGAUGGAAGCAACUCCAAGAUCCAUUCCUUCGAUGAUUCGACGCGUGAGAAGUAUCUGCGUUGCGAAAGGCGCUUCCCCUUGAAGCCGGUGACGCCGUUAUCCCCACUCCAGGACUUCACCGUUACGGGCAACAAGCAAGAGAGGAGACAAUUUCGCGUCCUCGCCUUUAUGGCAUUGAAUAUCACCGAUGAGUCGAGGCGUCCUUGA